AUGGCGUCGAAUUUUGGAGACUGUGCCGGCGGGUUCCGCCACAACGAGGUGAUCAGUUUCAUCAACAACGAAGUCCUUCUGAACGGGGGCGGCCCUGAUUUCUACACGACCUUCCGCUCGCAGUCCUGGAACGAAAUCGAGGACCGACUAAAGGCCGUCCUGACCGACCCGCAGGUACCGCGCAUGCGCCAGAGGGCCAGCACCUGGAGCGCGCUAGCUUUGGGAGUGCGCGUGGCCGCGAGGCAGCGUGAGCAGCUAGUGUGCCAGGUCCAGCAGCUGCAGGACCGGGUGGAGGAGCUGGAGGGGACCACCUGGGGUUUGGCUCCAGAGCUACAGAGACUUCACGUGGAGCAUGAGAACGUGACCUUGCAGCUGCACUUAACACGGACUGCCCUGGAGCAGGCGCUGAAUGAGCGUGAUAUGCUUCACUCACAACUGCUCCUGGUUGCAGGGUCGGUCCAAAUUGCCCAAAUGAGCCAUGAAAUGAUGCCUGGGCCUCAACCCGGGUGGUUCGGGGCCUCAGCAUGGCCCCUGAAUGAAGAGCAGCAAAGAAAUAUGGAGGCCAUGGGGAUGCCUGGCAGUCCCUGGGCCCAGAACAUGCCACCACCUCUGCCAGUGUCAGUGCCAUACUCAUUUCCAUUUCACCCAUUUCCACCGGAAUCCCCAUUCUUGCCACCUCUACCACCAGGAGCAGUAUUCAUGGAAGCAGGAGGGGCAGUAAUGCCACCUAAGCCGCCUCCGGGGUUCUAUACCCCCAACCCGCCUCCGGGGUGGGCUGCAGUGUGGGCACAGGAGGAGAUGGCCCCACUGUGGAACCAUAGGAUCCCCAGCCAGGAGGAAGGCCCUGAAUUCCUUCAGGAUACAGUCCCCUUUGGGGACAUCAGAAGCCUUAGCCAGGAACAAGAUCUAGAGAGGCCACAGGGCAUGGUGAACCUGAGUGACAAUAGGAAUCACAGCCAUGAAGACAGUGCAGUGGGGCCCCAGGGGAUAGUUCCCCUCUGGGAUUGCUGGAGCCACAGCCAAGAACAACAUCUAGAGAGGUCCCAGGGCAUGGUUACCAUGAGUGACAUCAGAAACAGCCAGGAGGAAGGCCCAGAGAGACCCCAGAAUAUGGUCCCCCUGGAGGCUAGUGGGAGGCAUGGCCAAAAAGAAAGUUCAGAAAGACCGCAGGGGGUAGUUCAUCUAGGGGGAAACAGAAGCCACUGCCAGGAAGGAGAUCCAGAGAAUUCACAGACACCCCAGGGGACAUCCCUGGGGGGCAGAAAAAGGCAUGACAUGAGAGAAAAUAAAAAGAAACAGCAGUUUUGGGGUCAGAAGUCCAAGCAACCAAAAGGGAUAAGAGCCUCAGAAUCCCAGCACCAUGAGAUGUCUGCCUUAUGCUACAAUGGACAGAACUGGCACUGCAAUUGGUGUAGAGCUGUAAAUUUUCCAUGGCGCAAGUUCUGCCAUGUUUGCAGGAAAUUCUGUAUUUGAGAGUGGAGACCUGGACCCAGGACAAACUCAUUUCAGGAAGGUAAGUAAGAAUGUAAACAUUCCAAAGAAAAAUAA